AUGUCGAGUAUUGAAGACAUUUUGCAAGUUACUUGUAACAAUCAGGAUACGAGAGGAUACAGUUUAGUACAAACUGAAGAUAUCAGUGGUGAUGGUGCGGGAUCCUUGAGAGUGGAAGAUGUAGAUGCAGUCCUUUUAUACCAGCUGAUGGAGAAUGAAUCUCUUACAGAACCAUUUGCAUACUUAAACAGCUGUUUCCAAAGAUGUCAGCAACAAAAAAGAUUGAACAAGAACGGUAGUCCAUCUUUGGGUGCUGUUUUCCAGGAAAUUGAUAGAUUGGUCGUUGGAUAUGGUCUUGUAACCUUACAAGUGGAAUGUUUUAGUCCGAAUGGUGAUUUUAUGUCAUAUGUUAAGCAAAUUGUUAGUGAUGUGGACAGAUACAUUGACUUCUUAUCGCAGUUGAUCCAAAGAUCUAUAGUGGAAGGAACAGUUAUGGAACUUUUGGAGGGGUUUUUCCCCACGCUAUUGAGAUUUAUGAGUCAGGAAUUACAGUAUUUUGAUUUGAAUGAUUCUUCGAUCUACAAUGCGGUUUUAACACUUUUUGAAAUGUUUGUCACUUUCAAGCCUAUUGCCGCUGUUUUCACACAAGUAACCGGGUUUUUUGGCGAUUAUGAUUGUAAACCCAACGAUUUCGAAAAGACAACGAUUUUGGGUCCUAUCUUAACUUUAUCUCCUCUGAACCCCAAUGUGGCAUUGAGAAACUACGGUGAGAACUUGGAAAGAACUCAACAGCAGAAAAACAUCAUUCAUGAAUCGUUACAGACAGAGCAUAAAGUUGUGGUGGAAAGAUUGUUCUUUAUUCUCGAUAAGCUCGUAAGAGGCUCCUCGACUUCAAGGGAGGAUAUUAUGGGUUAUUUCUCCAGAAUUGUCAAUAAAAACCAUUUGCGUAGAGGUGAACAUGCAAACCAAAAUACGUUGGCAUCGAAUGCAUUUAUGACUAACAUUACUUUGAUUUUAAUCAAAUUUUCAGAACCAUUUUUGGAUGUUUCAUUCAAAAGAAUUGAUAAGAUCGAUGUUAACUAUUUUAACAACUUAAAUCUUUUCAUUGACCUUUCAAGUGAAACUCGUGUCAAUUCUGAUUUCAAAGAAGCAGAUGAAUUUUACGAUAAAAAUAAGAAAGAUGAAGAUUGUAAACCAAAUUUUAUCUCUGAUUGCUUUUUCCUAACAAUGACUUAUUUACAUUAUGGUAUUGGCGGUACGUUGUUAUACGAUGAAAAGAUUACGCCGCAGGUUAAAAGGUUAAAACAAGAGAUCGACAGGAUAAAGAAAGUUUCACAAUCACAAGAUAUGUUUGCAACUUUUGCAUCUGUACAAUUGAAGCAGAUGGAAAAAUCCUUAAAGAUUACUCAAAGUAUCAAGGAUGCCUUGCAGGGAUUUUUCUCUCAUAGAUAUUUACAGUUAGAGGUCUUUGAUUUCAUCUGUGGUGCCUCUGUGUUUUUGAUGAGGGCUAUUGAUCCCGAGCAUCUGUUCCCAUCAAAAUAUUUCAAGUUACCUUUGAUUCCAGAUCAGGUUGGUGUGGAAAACGUGGACAAUGCAGAUUAUUUAAGAGCAAAUGCUCCUAUACCUUUCAAAUAUUAUCCUGAAUUUGUCAUUGAAGGUCCUAUCAACUAUUCAUUGUACAUUUCUCAAUACAAUACUUCCCCCAUUUUCAGAAAUCCACGCCUUUCAUCCUUUGUCGAAUUGGCAACUGCCAUUUUACGUUGUCCCGAAUUGGUAUCUAAUCCACAUUUGAAAGGUAAACUGGUUCAAUUACUGAGUGUCGGUGCCAUGCCACUAACUGAUGAUUCGCCUGGAUUCAUGAUGGACGUUUUUGAAAAUGAUACGUUUGUCUCUGAUCAUCUGUUGUAUGCAUUUCUCGAUUUUUAUGUCAUUGUGGAAAAGACGGGGUCUUCUUCCCAGUUUUAUGAUAAAUUCAAUAGCAGAUACAGCAUUUCAAUUAUUUUGGAACAGUUAUAUUAUAGAAUACCCAAAUACAAGGCACAAUUAAUCUGGCAGGCAAAUAACAAUGCAGAUUUCUUUGUUAGGUUUGUUGCUAGAAUGUUAAACGAUUUAACAUUUUUAUUAGACGAAGGUUUGGGUAAUCUAGCUGAAGUGCAUAACAUCAGUAUUGAAUUAGAAAAUAGGGCUAAAGGAUUGCCACCAACAAGAGAAGAAGACGACCGUGAACUACGUUCUAAAUAUGCAUCCGCAGAAAGGCAGGCUAAAUCAUCUUGUGGAUUAGCAGAUAAAUCGAUUACACUUUUUGAACUUUACUCAAAGGAUAUUCCCAACGCAUUUGUAACGCCUGAGAUUGUUGAUCGUUUGGCAAGUAUGUUAGAUCACAAUUUGGGAUCAUUAGUGGGACCAAAAUGUGGCAAAUUAAAAGUUAAAGAUCCUCAAAAAUUCUCAUUUAACCCUAAAAGAUUACUCAAAUCUUUGACUACGGUUUACAUCCAUCUUGCUGAUCAACAAUCGUUUGUGUCUGCCGUCGCCAAGGAUGGCAGAUCAUUCAGUAAGGAAUUGUUUGAAAGGGCAGUUCACAUUUUAGCUAUGAAGAUUGGAUUGGUUAGUGAUGAAUUUUGUCACAAAUUAUUAGAAUUUGCUCAAAGAGCUGAGGAACAAAAGGCCGCCGAAGAAGCAGAAGAUUUCGGAUUCGAUGAGGUUCCUGACGAAUUCUUGGAUCCACUUAUGUUUACCAUAAUGAACGAUCCAGUUAUACUUCCUGCAUCAAAAAUGUCAAUCGAUAGAUCUACAAUUAAAGCUCAUCUUUUGAGUGAUUCUACGGAUCCAUUCAAUAGAAUGCCAUUAAAGUUAGAACAAGUUACUCCUAAUCAUGAGUUAAAACGACAAAUUGAAGAGUUUAAACGUCAAAGGAAAGGAAACAACGUAUGA